AAUAAACCAAAAUCCCCGACACGAUUAGUUACAAAGGCUUUUUGACAAGCAUUUGCCGCAACAGGUCGUGUGAACCAAAACCCUAUUAAUAGAUACGAACAUAUUCCAACCAAUUCCCAAAAAAUAAAAAUUUGUAUCAAAUUAGAACUAGUAACUAAUCCCAACAUGGAAGUACUGAAAAAACUCAUAUAAGCAAAAAAUCUUACAUAUCCUUGAUCAUGAGACAUAUAAUUAUCACUAUAAAUAAGAACCAUAAUUCCAACAGUAGUGAUUAAUAUUGACAUAAUAGAAGUAAGUGGAUCAAUUAAGUAACCGAAUUCUAAAGAAAAAUCAUUAGUGAUGAUCCAAGACCAUACAUAUUGAUAGAUAGAACUGCUAUUUAUUUGCUGAAUAGACAGAUCAAUCGAAAAAAUCAUGACUAUACUUAACAAUAAAAUACUAUGAAAGGACCACAUACGACGAAGAUUUUUUGUUGCCGUGGGAAAAAGAAGAAGUCCCACCCCUAUUAACAUAGGAACUGGAAGUGGAACGAAGGGUAUUAUCCACGCAUAUUGAUAUGUCUGUUCCAUAAAAAAUAAAAUUCUUAAUUAAGUGUUUCCGAUUCACCGGAUCUUAUCUCUUUUGAAAGGAGUCAAUAAAAAAAUCAAGAUAUGUACUAACUUAAAUAGAAUUUUCUAAUUUUAUAUUCUUACUUAUUGUUUAUUGUGAGUCUUUCUUAAAUACUUCAACUAUUCAAAUCAAGAAGUUACAAUUGGUCAAACUAAAGAACUCGUAAAACGUGAAUACUUAGUUAGUCACUAAUAUAUUUAGUGAAGAUACCGAAAAUGAAAAAUUCAAUGAUUAUUAAAAAAUUUCUAGUCAUAGAGCAAGUAUAAAGAAUUACACUAAAAAUACUAAUAUGAAUCAUAGGAUUAGAUUAACUAAGAUCACUAACCUGGCCUAAUGAAAUAAGAACUCGCUAUUUUAGGUAGUUUAUUCAAAAUCAUUAACUAGUUCAUUAUGGAAUUGAUUGAUUUAUUUCCAGUCUAAUAAAAUAAAAAACAUUAAAGAUUCAAGUUUUUCAGUAAGCAACAAGGGUGGGGUUCUUAACCCUUUCGAUGUAUUUUAGUACAUGUAAAUUAAAUGUAGAACGACGAAAAUAGGCAGAAAUAGAAAUGUAGAGUCUUUUUGAUUCUUUAUGUUAUAGAGUUCAACCAAUUUAAUUGCUAGGACACGGCGUAUUCUAUAGAUUUGAAUAAGAAAGAGAAAUAAAAGUAUCAAUAUCAAUCAAUACAAAUUUUUCUUUCUUACGAAUAUUGUAUGGACUAGAAAAACCAUUUUCUUUUUGAAAAAAAAAAUCAUAUAUCCUCUUCUUCUAGUAAUAUUUUAUGCAAUUUUCACAUAUCUUUCACCUAUCUACAUUUAUAUGAAAAUAAUAUUAUCUAGAGAAUAAAAAGAACAAUUUGUUUUGAACAAUAGAUGUCUUUCACAUCCAACUAUAAUAAUGAGUAACCUCUUCAUUUUUAAAUGGCAGUUCCAAAAAAACGUACUUCUAUAUCAAAAAAGCGUAUUCGUAAAAAUAUUUGGAAACGGAAGGGAUAUUGGGCAGCGUUAAAAGCUUUUUCGUUAGGGAAAUCUCUUUUGACCGGAAAUUCAAAAAGUUUUUUUGUGCGACAAACAAAUAAGUAAUAAAACGUUGAAAUAAUCUAAAUGGACCUUUCUUUUCUCCUAUGAUAUGUGGAAUAAGAAUUCUUCUGUUUAAUGAAUUCUACAACUAAUACUUUUUUUGUUUGAAAAAAGAAUAAAGACAGGAUACAAGGUUUUAACCCUCUUUUAGUAUGUUUUUUCAUUUCCAAGGUGGGGAGUUUUAUUUUCCCCAUCGAACUAUUUGUUACAAUUCCAAUAAUAAAUAAGAAAAUUCUUUUUUCUCUCUAUAUCAUAUCUAUAGAAGAGCAAAUAGAAAAUCUUUAGCUAAGUUAAAAUUAAUGAAUUGUUGAUACUAAUUGAUUCCAUUUUUAAAACUUUUUGUGUAACUUUCGGACUUCUUAAUUUCCUUUCUCUAAAUUAUUAUAUAGAUCUCCCAUAUAUCUUUCGCUUUCAACCCAAUCAAAAAAGCCGUUAGCUUAGUUAGGAUAUUGUGUACGAAAAAUGUGUCAUUUUUAAAUAAUUCAAACAAAAUGGGGUCUAUUUUGUAAAAAUGCAUUUUUUUUGAGUUCGAUCGCGGUAGAACUAUCUAGUUACAAGAGUUCAAUCUCAGGAAAGCAUAACCUACACGAAAGUCUUAAAUUAAUUUAAUAAACUGACACCCUAAAUGAAAAUAAUGAACCUUCAAAUCCCUAUUUGAAUGAAUUUGGAUUUAUCAGUUUCAAUCUUUCCUAAAAAACAUUGCAUUGAAUUUACUUCUCCAAUCUCGACGAUUGAAUAUGAAUAGGCUAUUAUGAGUUCGAGCAAGCCGCUAUGGUGAAAUCGGUAGACACGCUGCUCUUAGGAAGCAGUGCUAAAGCAUCUCGGUUCGAGUCCGAGUAGCGGCAUGCCAUCUUCGAGAAGAGAUACAAUAGAUCAUAUAAUGAAUUCAGUUCCCAAUUUGAAUUUCUUAAUUAAGAUUAAGGGAUUCAAGAUUUUUAUGAUAUUUUUAACUUUAGAGCAUAUAUUAACUCAUAUUUCUUUUUCGAUGGUUUCAAUUGUAAUUACAAUUCAUUUGAUAACCUUAUUUUUUGAUGAAAUCGUAAAACUAUAUGAUUCAUCAGAAAAAGGCAUGAUAACUACUUUUUUCUGUAUCACAGGAUUGUUAGUCACUCGUUGGAUUUAUUCGGAACAUUUCCCCCUAAGUAAUUUAUAUGAAUCAUUAAUAUUUCUUUCAUGGAGUUUCUCCAUUAUUCAUAUAGUUCCGUAUUUCAAAAAAAAAAAAAACCAUUUAAGCACAAUAACUGCACCAAGUGCUAUUUUUACCCAAGGCUUUGCUACUUCAGGUAUUUUAACUGAAAUACAUCAAUCCGCAAUAUUGGUACCCGCUCUCCAAUCCGAAUGGUUAAUAAUGCACGUAAGUAUGAUGAUAUUGGGCUAUGCAGCUCUUUUAUGUGGAUCAUUAUUAUCAGUAGCACUUCUAAUCAUUACAUUUCGAAAGAACAGAAAAAUUCUUUGUAAAAGUAAUCGUUUCUUAAAUGAGUUAUUUACUUUUGGUAAAAUCCAAUACAUGAAUGAAAGAAACGAUGUUUUACAAAAUACUUCUUUUUUUUCGGAUAAGAAUUAUUACAGGUCCCAGUUGAUUCAACAAUUGGGUUAUUGGAGUUAUCGUGUUAUUAGUCUAGGGUUUAUCUUUUUAACCAUCGGUAUUCUUUCGGGAGCAGUAUGGGCUAAUGAAGCAUGGGGAUCAUAUUGGAAUUGGGACCCAAAGGAAACUUGGGCAUUUGUUACUUGGAUCGUAUUCGCAAUUUAUUUACAUACUCGAACAAAUAAAAAUUUGCAGGAUACAAAUUCCGCAAUUGUGGCGUCUAUAGGCUUUCUUAUAAUUUGGAUAUGCUAUUUUGGGGUCAAUCUAUUAGGAAUAGGUCUACAUAGUUAUGGCUCAUUUAUGUUAACGUCUAAUUGA